GGGUGGUGACUGGGGGCAUGUCAUCGGUUCGGCCAUGGCUACGCUUUAUCCGCAGAGGUAAGUUACACGUGUUUUUAAUUAACGUAAUAUGUAAACUAUUAAUGAUAGAAAAACUGCAAUCUCCGAGAAUGGAAAAAAAUGAAAUUCCGGUAUUGAACAAAAUGGGAAAGUAGAUGCUGUGUUGGACUGAUUGAGUUCGACGUUUGUUGAGAAUUGUAUUAUAAGCUAAGUUCUCAUAAUAGCGAUUCAAAUAAGGUAACGUAUAAUUUAAAUUCAGAUAUUUCUGUCCCAGAAGAUCGUCAGUUUAAUAAUUUGAAAGAAUGUCGAUUGUUGGUUAAGGAAGAAACAAUUCCAUCUGGUUCUGAAAAGUGUGAGUAAUUAUUUUCUUAAAUUAAUUAAGAAAAUUAAUUAAUAAAUUUAGAGAAGACUAAUUUUAAUUCAUUUUGAGUAGAUAAUGAGGGGAGAUCAGACUACCCAAGGAAAACAGCGAGUUGAAUGGACUGAAUUUAUUUCAAUAAAAGAUAUUCUUCUUUUAACAUAAUUAUAAUUGAAAGCAGAAACAACCACAAGACUGCGGUUUGCCAGCUUCGAUACGAAAAUCAGCAGCGCUUUGCUCGAGCGCGUUAGGAUUGGCAGUUCCCUAUAUAUUUUCGCAGUCUCAAUUUUCCGUAAGGAAAUGUUGCGGGUGCCUGGCAGCUGCGGAUAGAUAAAUAUAAGUUAUGUCUUCUUAUGGAAGAAAAGAAAUUUGUUUCAACCGCAGGCUAACGUCUAUUCUAACUCGAGCCGUUUCAGUAGAUUGUUUCUCUGUGGGUAGCUGAGUGUUUGGUUUGUGCGUGGUUUAAGCGUGUUUAAAGAUGGAGAGGGGGUGAAUAGAAAAAUAGUUAUUUAUGGUAAGAGUUUCACUAUAUUAAAUACUUAUGUUACCAGCGUAUCAUUAUAAAAACUGAAUUAUUUUCCAUUUUAAACAUUGUCAGGAUGCUAGACUGAUACACCAGACUUCGUUUUACUGCGAACAUUUUUUUACAAUAAAUUGUAAAAUAAUAAGAGCAUACAUAUGUAUCAUUGCUCUCUUCUGAAGUCACUAAAACUAUAGGCCAUAAAUUGUAACUGAAAUAAUUAAAGUACUAUAAUUAUUUUAUUGCCUACAUUUUAGUGGGGAGGGAGUAGAAACCCCAAGUUACGCCUAUGAAGUUAACUAUGUUUGGAAAUUACUGUUUACAAUAACUUGUCCUUCGUAAGGUUGUCGAUCUAUUUGAUUUUUCACUAGAAGAUCGCCAAUUUUUACAAGAUUUUAAUUUCUUUUAAAUGUUCUCUUUCAGCGUACUAGGUUUCCACACAAAUACAAUGUACACCUUUUCUAUAUUCACGAAAGUGAAAAUGUUUAUGGCUAGUUUCUACCCCAGUCUCUUUGUCGAUGAGCAGCACUAUAAUAAAGCCUAUCCCGUGAGCAAGCAUUACCUGAAUUUGCUUGGUGAGACGGGUUAUUUCCACAUACAAGCCACCAAACCGGACACCGUGGGCAUUGGUUUGAGGGACUCUCCUGCAGGGUUAGCUGCUUAUGUCCUAGAAAAAUUUUCCUCGUGGACUAACAUGGAUUGGAGAUCAUUACCGGAUGGUGGGCUGCAGAAGAAAUACAGUUUGACGAAUCUACUAGACAAUGUUAUGAUAUAUUGGGUUACAGGAUCCAUAACAACUUCCAUUCGAAUCUACAGCGAAACGUUUACAAAGCAUAAUUUAGCUUUGAGAUUGGAAUCAGUUCCUUGUGUUGUUCCGACCGCCAUGGCAAACUUCCCAAAUGAACCUCUGUAUAUACCCGAGGCUUUCGUUCUCGACAAAUUCCCUGAAUUGGUGCAGUUUUCUCAUCUCGAAAGAGGUGGUCACUUCCCUGCUUUCGAGGAGCCCAAAUUGCUAGCAGACGACAUAUGGGCAGCUGUUGAGAAAAUGAGAAAAAAGAAAAGAUAAUUCACAAUGUGAAGGAUUUAUGUACAGUGUAUAUAAUGUUAAAUUAACGAAUAAAUGAUUAAUAAUUUGUAUUGUGCUCAAUCCCAAAAUGCUUAAUUAUGUUUACUCUUGAUAGAACAUGUUGCAAAGAAACCGGACAAAAAGGUAAAAUUCCUUUCCAAUGAGGUCAUUUUGAAGUGUGAAAGAUUAAGCAUUAGAGAUCUUGAAUUAUUUUCAAUGAGAUAACGAUGGGAUAUUGAAUAAAAUUUGGCUUACAUCUGGGAUGGAUUUGAAAAAUCAAUAAAAUAUGAAUGUUGGAAAUAAAUUUGAAUUAGCAGUUGUAUGCAUAGAUCCGUUUGAUUAAAAUUGUCAAAGUUCACAAAGUGUUUUGCAAUAAUAUCAAGAUACACAAGCUAAAAUUUAUUUCGACAUUCUUAGAAACAUCGACAGUCAUCUUUCUUGCAGAUUAGAGAUAUUGUGAAAAAUUCAACAAAUUAAGCAAAACCUUAACUAUUGUUUUUCAGUUCAAGGUCAAUAUAAACGCAAACUCUCAAAUCAAAGAACGAAACUUAACAAUACGUUGAGUUAUCUUGUGGUGAAUCGCAAGUUUCUAUGACUGUGGAGACUUUGAUUAAAUGCACCCAAGGCUUUAGGCACACGAGCGUCGUGUAACGUAUUUUCACGGACCUCCGGGUAGCCAGAACACAAUGUCGCGUAGCGCGCUUCGAGUGCCAUGCGCCAAUCCUGCCCGUAAAUUCUGCAACGGACAUUUCAAACGUGUGUUAAAGUGCGCAUGUGUGUCCCGUAAGUAUUAAAAUAAAAAUUUGGAAUGAAUGGCGCGAAAGAAUUGCCAUAUACCACAGAGGCAAUACUGGACACGGCAAAAUAACCGGACUCGCUUGAAGCAAGCGACCCUAGUAUCACGACCUGUCAUAACCAUUGUGAUAUCAAAGUAUGAAGUGCAAAAGUUUGAAAGAUUUUUUAUUUACUCAAGUUUCGCAGAGGGAUUCGA